AUGUACCGGUCCACGAAAGGAGCCUCCAAGGCACGGCGGGAUCAAAUCAACGCGGAAAUCAGACAUCUCAAGGACCUGUUGCCGAUUGCCGAAGGAGAUAAACUCCGGCUCUCUUAUCUGCACAUCAUGUCGCUGGCUUGCAUCUAUACUCGGAAAUCCAUCUUCUUCUCCAAAGGUGCGACUUUGGAAAGCUUGGAGAGCUUGCUUUCUUCCCAGGACUUAGAUGAUUUCAUGCAGACCCUUCCCGGUUUCCUUUUGGCGUUCACGGGCGAAGGCAAACUCAUCUAUGUGUCGGAGAGCGUGGCCGAGCACUUGGGGCAUUCUAUGGUGGAUUUAGUGGCCCAAGGAGACAGCAUCUACGACAUUAUUGAUCCGGCAGAUCAUUUAGUGAUGAAGACUCAAUUGGCAUUGCCUUCUCCAUUAAAUACCGAACGUCUCUUCCGUUGUCACUUCAACACUUCCAAGACAAUCCGGCGUCAAAGUGCAGGAAACAAGCUGGUUCUGAUUCGCGGUCACUUCCACCAACCUCCUCCGGGUUCUUAUUGGUCCACCAAUCCUGUCUUCACGGCCUUCUGCACCCCUCUAGACCCUAAGCCCAGAAUGGGUCAAAAUUCGUUCUUCCUGUCUGCUUUUGAGAGUCGCCACACAAAAGACCUGGUCAUCGUGGAUAUCUCUGAAAGCGUGAUCUUCCAUCUGGGCUUUGAGAAAAGCGAACUCUUCUGCAAAUCGUGGUACGGUUUGAUCCACCCGGAAGAUCUCAGCCACGCUUCAGCCCAGCAUUACCGACUGUUGGGUGACCAAAGCAACGCACAAACCGAAAUGGUGAUCCGGCUCCAAGCGAAAGAUGGCAUAAGCUGGAUAUGGAUCUACUCACUGCUUCGCUUGGAGAACGUGGAGAUCCCCAUCGUUUCUCACAACUACGUCAUCAGCGAUUCCGAAGCCUGGUGCCUGAAGCAGCAACUCUCCGCUGAAGGAUCCCAAGGCCCAUACGCUCUUGAAAGCACCACCACCUUUCUGGAAAGCCUUCUGUCUCCCGGACAACUGUCCAGCCCUGAUCAAGUCUUCACACCGGGUGCCGGCACUCCCACCGCCACGCUCGCGGCCCCGACCUUCGAUUUCAGCACCGCCGGGGUCCCUGAAGGCCCGUCGGCGUUUGGCGAGCCUCCGGAAGGCCUGCCUGAAGAGAUGAUGGAACCUGGGAAUAUCUCCUCCAUCGAGGAUGCCCCGCCAGGUUCUUCUCUCAGCCUGCUCGUCAAAGAACCGGGCUUCGGGUACGUCGUCCUUCCGCAAGGAGGUUACGGACAGGCGUUUGCGAGCGAGAAUCCCCCCGGCGGCAAACCUGCGUCGAAAGAUUUGAUCUGCACCCCUCCUUAUACCCCACACCAGAGUUCAGCUUUCCUCUUCGGAGCUCCGGAGGUUUACGGAGGUGGCCCCAUGGCCUUGCCUCCGGGCACGGCGUCCAGCGCCAACUCUCCCGCUGGCCUGGCUGCCGUGACCGAGCUGUUCUACGCCCAAGAACCCUGCAAUGUUCUCUAUGAGAAACUUCCCCCGACUCCAGACAGCCCCGGUAACAGGGGCUGUGUCGUCAUGAGCUUGCCGGAGAUCCGAGGUCCCCUCUACGUGGAUGUGCCUAUGGUACCCGAGGGGAUCUUGACGCCGGAGGCCUCGCCCAUCAAGCAAACCUUCUUCCGCUACUCUGAGAAGGAGAAGAACGAGAUCGAACAGCUGGCACAGCAGAUCUGUAGCCUGGCCGAGACUUUCGGCUCCACCGCUUCCCGAGGACGUGCCGAGGACGGCCGGGGGGCUCUCCGAGAGGAGGACCCACCGGUGCCCGGCCCCGGACUGUUUCCUGUGCCGGAACCUCGGCCGGAUUUCCAGCGGCCCAAAACCUGGAGGAGUGUUGACUUCUCUCUCUUGACCUGCCUGGAGGAGGACCUCCUGGUGGACGAGAACGCUCUCGAGACCCUCCUGCAAGACCUGUCGUCCUUUCUGUUCGAGAAAGGUGGGGCAGGGAUGAGGUGCCCUCACCACCAGUUCUGCGGUGGCGACGUCAGUAGUCCAAUCGGCUUGGACACCGAAGAUAGUAGCCCCGGAGCUUUUGCUCUUUCGCCAAGGAUGGACUUGGCUCCAGAAGAGCCAUGUUUUUUGGAGGACCUGACCUCCUUCGAAACAGCCUUUGAGACACGUGCCUCAAACUCACCCUGUGAGGGGUUAGAUGAGUUGUAUCAACUCCAGAGCCAAAGGCCGGACGGCUUCCAGGAAGUGUCACCGCACAAUGGACUCUGUGACACAUGUGUGUUUCUAAUUAUACGCUUUCUCUCCCGCCAGUAUUUCGAGGACAGGCUCAUGGGGAACUGCUCUGCCGGAGCGACUGAGAAUCAGACAGCCUUGAACCCCCAACCGGGGUCCGCCUGCAAAGACGAAUUCAGCUUCAGUAACUGGCUGACCCUCCUUUCUCAGUUGCCUUUGCUGCUUUUCACCUUUCUCAACUCCAUCCUCUACCGCUGCAUUUCGGACAAAGUGCGCAUUUUGGGCAGUUUGGCAGGAAUUCUGUUCCUCUUUGUGCUGACCACCAUCUUGGUUAAGGUGAUGAUGUCACCGCAGAGUUUCUUCUCCAUCACCAUGGCAAGCGUCUGGUUCAUUAACUCCUUCUGUGCCGUUCUGCAAGGGAGUCUUUUCGGCCUGCUGGGGUCUUUCCCGCAAAGAUACAGCACCCUUUUUCUCAGCGGUCAAGGAAUGGCGGGAACGUUUGCGGCCAUCACCAUGUUGCUUUCCUUGGCCAGUGACUUGGACCCACUGUCUUCUGCCCUGAUCUAUUUCGUUACCCCCUGUGUUGGGACCUUCGUUUCUAUUGCCUGUUAUCUCUUGCUGCCCCAUCAGACCUUCACUCGUUACUAUCUGGAGAAAAGACCACCAGGAGAUUCGGGAUGUGAAUUGGAGACCAAGGCAGGCCUCCUUUCGCUAGAGAACGGCUCCGCUCUUGUGGCAGACAGUUCCAAAGGAGAAUCGCUCAACAUGAAGAAUGGGAACGCCGUGGUCCCGAAGAAGUUUGGCUCGGCUUGCCCGCCAGAAAUCAUGAAUGGAGGGAGUGGGGUGGGCAUGGUUGCCCCCGAUCCCUCCCUUUUCAGUGUGCUCAAGAAGAUUUGGCUGCUGGCCCUGUCCAUCGUGAUGGACUUCUCCAUUACCCUCUCGGUGUUUCCGGCCAUUACCACGAGAAUUGUCACCUCCUCUCAGGAUCCGUCUUGGCAGAAGUACUUCACUCCCGUUUGCUGCUUCCUUGUCUUCAACGUCAUGGACUGGUUGGGGCGGAGUUCCACUUCCUACUUCCUCUGGCCGCAGAAGCACAUUCGGCUCCUUCCCGCCGCAGUGGGACUCCGAGUCUUCCUCAUCCCCUUGUUUCUCUUCUGCAACAUCCAGAACCAGACCGGGUGGCUUGUGCUCUUCCGCCACGAUGCCUGGUUUGUCUUCCUGAUGGUGGUUUUUUCUCGCUCCAAUGGAUACUUCGUCUCCCUCACCAUGUGCCUGGCCCCCAAGCAGGUCCAGCCGGAAGAGAGUGAGCUGGCGGGGGCCAUCAUGACGUUUUUCCUGGCCUUGGGACUUUCCUGUGGGGCCGCCCUCUCCUUCCUCCUCAAAUUGCUCCUUUGAUGGCCUCCCUCCUACCCCUCCGACACCCGGCAACAGCAUAAAGAUUGCAAAGAUUUUGACUCAGCAUCUGUUGAAGGCUUCAAGGCCAACGAUUUUCCUCCAAGGCCCCCUCUAUUGUGGCAGCUAAAGAAACCUCCCUCUGUGAUGAGGACACACUGAAUUUAUUGGGCCAUAACCCUUUCUCCAAGGUCCC